AUGGCCUCGAGUUCGAUCUCCGCUACUCCUAUCCGGUACCAAAGCUAGAUUCCUCAUCAUGUCCUGCUACCAUCCGUAAACGUAAUCUGUUCUGUAGUAUCAAACGAGAACAAGAAGCUGACACCGCUUCCUACUCGGAUCAAGCGCAAGACCAUCAUCAACUUUCCUUUCCAUCAGCGUAUUUCUUGAUUGAGUUCUUAUUUGACACCAGGACUAUUUGAGUUUGGCUUCAUGCUCAACAGGUUGAAAUCGUCAUUGAACUGCAAAAAUCUUCACUCAUUUUUUAGAUUCGCGGUGGCGUCUUGGCUGACAAAGUGGGGUACGGAAAAACGGCGACGCUUUUGGCUCUCAUCGCCAGCGGCAAAGAUGGGGACCGAGAUUCAUUGGAAACGCGCAGAGAAAUUGGGUGUGCCGGAGCAUGACGAAGGUGCAUUCUUUGAAGCGCUCGAGACAACCCUUAUCAUGGUCCCUUCUCAUCUGGUCGAUCAAUGGGCUGCCGAGGCCGAGAAGUUCGCCAAAUCAUACAAGCUGGAAAUCCUGACCUUAUGACUCAUUCUCCCACGACAGGCGUUUUUUGCAAGAAUUGAGAGUACUUAGUAGAGUAUAUCAUCAUGAGUAAGAGUAAGGAACUUGAUAGAUAGAAAUUCAAAUUUUUCUUCGAUGGCACUACAGUGGAGCGCGGCAGAAUUCAACAAACAUGAGAAAAAUAUAUCCCUUUACGCUGUGAAAAGAAGACGCUGUGCUAGAUAUUUACUCCGUCUUUUUUAUCGUGAUACCGAUACUUUUCUGUAAUAUGUCGAAACGGAAGGGGAAAUUGUCUCGUUUCUAUGCCAAGAAUUUCUAUUUCCAACAACAAGUGUUGAAAAAGUCUCAUCUAAUUCCGAUCAAAACGGUUACGCACUUGGCGAACGAAACGCCGGAAACUCUUGCGGAAUACGAUUUGAUUAUUUGCACUUACGCAGUGUUGUAUUCCGAAAAGUUUCGCCUUCGUGUUGGUGACUUCCUCUCGUCCGAUCCCGAUCGAGCGUGGUACAAGUCGCGUGAAAAUGUCAAGCGCAAUGAGGCCUACAAACUGCAGGAGCUCAAGCGAGUCACUCAGAAAUUUAUCGAGACGUGGGAUAAUGGCGAGAUCGAGGAACGGGAUAACUACAUCGAUAGUCCGAUCUUCAAGGAGAGCGAAGCACUAUCGAGCGCGAUUGUAAAGGAGCACUGCAACCGCAAAGCACUCAAAAACAAGAAGCACAAGUCGAUCCAGGUGCCGUUUCCGCUACUGGAGCAGAUGUUCUUCGGUCGUGUGGUCUUGGACGAGUUUCACGAGGCUGAAUGCUUUAAUUAUGCUGAGACAAUACGCAGCAUAUUUGAUUUUUCGAUCUGUCUUACUUUGCUGCUGACUGUUUUUCUUGGAUAGAAUAUACCUUGGCGUCACCAAGUAAGCACUCAAUUGAACCUCAUUGAGGAUAUCAAUAUACGGCCUAAGUACAAUUUUUUUCGCUCGGCUUCUAAUGCCUAGGAAGAACGCAUUGUUUGAUGUGGUUGCGUGGGUUAACACGAUGGGGAUUGACUGGAACGCCGCAUGUUGGCUCUGCGCAAUCCGUUAAGAUCAUGGCCGGACUUUUUAGCAUCGACGUUGUUUGCAACGGUACUUCAGUAUUCCCAUAGUUGCAAACUUUUGCAAAACUAGCACUAGCAGACUCUUGCUCAACCAAUCUUUGAUCGUUUCCUCAUUCUUGAUUCUGAUCUGUGAUUCACAGCACUGCCCUAGAAGGUUUUUCCUUUCAUCCCGUACGUGUCAACAAUUCUCUUUAUCUUUUCCAACAUUUCACCGCCAGGCGUCGAUGCGGCUUGGGCACAGCCUCAAGGUCCUGUUGAGCGGAAGCCUUUUCAGAAAAUUAUCCCGCAUGCCAACGACGACAAUUCAGACAAUCCAAACUUCGUACUACGUUCCCCGUGUGUCAGCAAGACCAUCCUCGAUAACUGCCAGAACUUUAUCAAUGUGAUGGUCCGCCAGAACAGCCGCAAUCCGGACGUUGACUCGAUUGAAAUUGUGCUCUUUCUUAAUGCCAGUCUCUCUGGGUCUUGUUGCGAUCUUCAUCUUCCUAUCUCCAUCUCCAUACUGAUUCGCUGUUCAUCAGAAAAUUUUUUUCGUCUCUCUCGCACGUAUCUCCGCGUGUAUGAAGAUCAAUGAUUGACAGGGAGUAGACGAUGGAAAACAACAACCUCUUCUUGUAUUACUUUCUCUAACAAAUUUUGAACAAACUUUGUUUUUCAUACCUCUCAGGUGCCGCACUCUAUUCCAGUCGACUUCACGGAAGGUGAAAGAAUCCUCUACGAUGCCACGAAACGCAACUACGAGUAUAGCGGGCCGCUGGGCGAAGCUGAGAAGAGCGAUUUGAUUCGACGAUGCUCGCACUAUGCGCCGUCUUCAAAUGAAACCAUCGGGGACGAACUCAAAAGAAAGGCGGCAGAUGCCAAAGACGUUUAUGGCUCUUCAUGUUCCAACUUUUACCUUAUUUUUUUCUACUCGACAAAAAGCGCCUUCCUUUCAGCUAAGUCUUAGUCCUCGCAGAGGAAUAAUGUGUUUUUGGCUGAGAACUAGAAGAUCACGAGAGCAGUCUCUGAAAAUUGUCACUGAAAAUUUCCAAAGAGCUCUAACAUGCAGUGGGAGAUCUCAUUAAAACAGUGAAGCAGUUAUUGGCGCAGGCCGAUGCGUUCCGGGCGGUUCUGGUUGUAGCUGGUGGCCCAGAAAGCAGAAAGGCACUGGAGUGCCCGGGUACACGCAGCUACAGCUGCAGCAUCGGCGUGCAAGCGCAAGACGAUGAUGGCGAAGAAAUGAGUGAAAAUGCCACGAAGAGGAAGAGCUCCCAAAAAACUGCGAUGAAGAAAGCCGCCCCGAAAAAACCGGCAAGUGGUAGCAAAGGGAAAGCUUCCGACGGUAAAAAAGAGCGGGAGCCGCAAGACAGGUCUACGGCAUCUUCUUCUGCAGCGACGGGCGGUAA